UAAAGGCCAAAAAGUGCCAAAAACCAAAAACAUUCCUAAAUAAAAAGUACGUAAAACCCAAAAACGUGGUAAAAAACAAAAAACCUGCAGAAUGCAUAUUGCAUGAAAAAUAAAGUAAAAUGCUGUAAAAUGUUUCGGCCAGUACGCGGAAAAGAAUCACAUUCUGUUCAAAAGUGUAGAAUCAACAAAAAACAAAGAAAGCAGAAGAAGCGCUUGGAGCAAAGGGUCGAUAAACGAAAGUUCGAAAACAAUCUCUGUAUACCAAGUGCCAUGUCUGCUUGGGCGGAAAAUUUCACUGUGGCUGCAACCUGGCAGCUGAAACACCAAAUUGCUUAUUGGAAGGCGAAGGCGAUAUCUUUGCAGUAUGAGAAUAGUAUGUUGCAUGAAGUUAUUCAAAGGAAUCACAUUGCUGUGCCUACAUCUAGUAGGAGAAGCUGGAUAAACAGUGAUAGUGAAUUUGGACAUAGUGCAGCGGAACACUCGGACAUUCAAACUGAGGCGUGCGAGACGCAGGAAAACGAUACAGAUACAGACAGUGAGUCUGAAAAUGAUGAAAAUCAAGAUGAAAAUGAAGGGCAAGACUUUGAGGUGAGCGAAGAGUUUAUACAGUUUUUAACAUCCAAUGCAAAGUAUAGAGAAGAUGCAAGGCGUGAAAGAGAACGUCUCAAAGCUAAAGAGGAGGAAUAUAAUCUACAGCCAGAAGAGGCUCAGGAGAGUGUAGAAGAUAAAAUAGCUCGAAAAAAGGAAUUAUAUGGUGAUAAGUAUCAAAAGAUGAUAGCACUUGAAAUGUACCAAAUGUGCAACUUUAAAAAUGAAUGUGAUAAACUUAAACCUGCAUACUGGCCAAAUAUUCCAUUGAAUUUGAAUAGUAGCUGAUCAAUAUUACUAUUUAGAGUGAUGCAGGUUUUCCUACUUUUGUUAUACAUAGUAGGUUUUAUGUAUUUGUUAUGACAUACAAACUUGAUUUUUGAUAAUAGUGCUGAGUUAUCCGAUAAAUAUGAUUUUUUUAUUGUCGAUGCUUGAAUGUCCAGUUGUUUAUAAUUUUUUGAUAGUGUUUUACUGAUGUUUGAAGGAAAUUUCUAAAUCAAAAAUGCAAUCUAAAUA